AUGACCUCUGAGGAGGUGACAGCGUCUGUUCUUGUCUCUGUGGUACAGGGUAAAGUGAUACCUGCUCAGUCAGCUGGAGAUGAAAAUAGUCAAAAUGCUUUGGACACCAGUGUUAUAAAAAGACACCCUGCCAGUUCGGGAAGGCAAACCACACACGCUUUCUCAUACUUAGACAGACUUGAAGAAGAAAGUCUUCAGGGCUCAGUGCCCAAAAUAUUCUCUCUGGCAAAAGAAAAACUGACUAAUGACAAUAGUAAUGAAAACUUCUGGGAGAGGAACAGCUCCAUCCCUGAUUCAGUGGAAUUUCUUAACAUUAACUGUAACGUUGUACAGAAAAACUACAAGAGCAAUAUCCCGUGCAGCCAGCUGUAUAAAUCCUGUGAUCCUUUAGCAGGGGGAGAGGCAUGCCUGGAAACUGGAAUUCCUGCUUCACUGGAAAGAGCCAUGCUUGCUGAAAUUCAGUUGAAGAUGAAUGGACCUUCGUUGAGAAGCCAGACAGCAGUAAAUAAGAAUGACAGCAAUGAUACUGAUAAAGUGGCCUUUUUUCACUUUCAUUGUGCUAGUGAAGGGAAUAUAUCAAAAGCUCUGUGCAGUUUACACAGCAGCUUCAUUUUGGAUGACUGCUUGCAGCCAGGAAGUGUUGGUGAUGGUAACACCACUGGCUCCCUGACUUGUACUUGCAGAUUGAUGGAGUUGACAAAUAAUUGUGAGAAUGAAAAUGGGCAGCAGUUGUAUGAGGACACUUUAAGGGAUAAGUAUUUAUGUCUGGAAAGAGCACCACGGAAGAUUAAAGUGGCGUGCUCAGGUCACAGCUUCUGUGGAAAUAACUUUACUGGAAGAAUGCCCUCAAAGCCCUUUCUGAGCCAUUUUGAAGACUGUAACGAUAACUGUGAAGAAGAUUUGGAAGAGGAUUUUUUUAGAAACAAAAAGGAACGUUCUACAUUGUUGAUUAGACGAUUCUGUAAAAAUGAUAAAGAGGUUAAAAAAUCAGUUUAUACUGGAACGAGAGCAAUUGUUAGGACUUUGCCAUCAGGGCACAUAGGAACUGUUGCUUGGAAUUAUGUUGAGCAAAGAAGAAACAACAGUGUCUUGAAGCUUUCUAGGAUUACAACAGAACAGCUAACUAUAAUUCAGACCUUAAUAAAAUGGGAAUUUAAUUCCUUUCUUGAGAAGUCUUUAUGGUAUGAGAUCUUCAAUACAGUGAGAGAAGAAGAAGGAGCAGAAGACAUUUUUGAAUAUUUUCCUCAUCUUUUGCGAAAACUCCCAACAUUUGAUACAGACUGUAUAUGCAACGGUGACUGGGUUUGUGUAAAACCAUGUGUAACAGGUGCUUACUGUCACUAUCGUGCCACUUUACAGAGGACUGCGCUCUCUGACUAUAUAACCGGUGCUUUACUAGAAGCAACUACAUCACUAGGAGCAAGAAGUGGUCUUUUAAAUAUCUUUGGAGGAUCAACGGGAAGAACAAUGCUUAAAGAACGUCAAGCGUGUGCAUCUAUGGCUGGUUCCAGUGCCCUUCCCUCCAAUGUGGCUGGGAUCAGCAAAGAGCUGAUCGAACUGCAGCACCUCAUCCAGUUCCCAGAGGAGGUUGCCAGCAUGCUGACCGAGCAGGAGCAGGAGCUCUACCGGAAAGUCUUGCCCAUUGACUACCUCUGCUUUUUAACCAGGGAUUUGGGUAACGCCGAGUGUCAAAGCAAGCUGCCAUCUAUUAAAGCUUCCAUAUCUGCCUCUAUUCUUUCCUCCCCCAAUGGUGAACAUAAUGCUGUAGAAGAUCUUGUGACAAGAUUUAAUGAGGUGAGUUCAUGGGUUACCUGGCUGAUCCUGACUGCAGGUUCUAUGGAGGAGAAACGAGAAGUCUUCUCUUAUUUAGUACAUGUGGCAAAAUGCUGCUGGAAUAUGGGCAACUACAAUGCUGUAAUGGAAUUUCUGGCAGGGCUGAGGUCAAGGAAAGUUUUAAAAAUGUGGCAAUUUAUGGACCAGUCUGAUAUUGAAACCAUGCGAAGUCUGAAAGAUGCUAUGGCACAACAUGAGUCAUCAUCUGAAUACAGGAAAGUGGUUAACCGGGCACUCAAUAUUCCAGGCUGUAAAGUUGUUCCUUUCUGCGGUGUAUUUUUAAAAGAGCUGUGUGAAGUUUUGGACGGGGCAUCAAGCCUUAUCAGACUCUGUCCACGAUAUAACUCCCAGAAUGAAACAUUAGAGUUUGUUUCAGAUUACAGUGGACAAGAUAAUUUCUUGCAACGAGUAGGCCAAGAUGGUUUAAAUAAUCCAGAAAAAGAAUCAACAGCAAACAGUAUCUUUCAAACGAUUCGGAGCUGCAAUCGCAGUUUGGAAUCUGAAGAGGGUGAAGACAAUUUUAGUGAAGGGAGUAAUUCAAGAAAAAACUCUUUGAAGGACAAAACCCGGUACCAUGCAGCACAUGUAAAGAAAGCUGAUUCGAACCGAGUUCUAUUUAUAAUUGGAGAUCUUUCAGAUUCUGAAAGUGAUAUAUUUGAGCAGUUGAAGGAGUGGGACACUAGUUCAACAGAAGAGCAGCAAAAGGCUUUCUGCCAUGGAAUAGAACUCAUUCCCUGGUAUGUGUUAUCUAUCCGGGCUGAUGUCCAUCAGUUCAUGCAACAAGGGGCAACCGUCAUUCAUUAUGACCAGGAGACACAUCUCUCAGCACGUUGCUUUCUUCAGCUUCAGCCUGACAAUAGUACUUUGACUUGGACAAAACCCACAACGGUUUGCCCUGCAAACACGAAGGCAAAACUGAGUGUACUGGGUAAUACUGCUGAGCUUGGUAAAUACCAGAUUCUUGGUAAUACUGGACUGGUGGAAGGUUUUUUGGACUUGUUUUCAGCCAAGGCUGUAUACAUGGGACACUCUGGCAUUGAUAUGCACACUGUGUGUGUUCAAAAUAAACUUUGUAAUAUGUCCCUUGAAGAAAACGGUAUAACACUACUUUAUGGACUUCAGACUACUGAUAAUAAGUUGCUGCACUUUGUUGCUCCAAAAUAUACUGCCAGAAUGCUGUAUGAUGGAUUGCUGGAAUUGACUAAAGCUGUAAGAAAAAUGAGAAGAUUCCCUGAUCAGAGACUACAGUGGCUACGGAAACAGUAUGUCAGCCUUUACCAGGAGGAUGGAAGGUUUGAAGGCCCAACCUUGGCUCAGGCUGUUGAACUGUUUGGAGGCAGACGAUGGAGUGCAAGAAACACAAGCACAGGAACUCUCACCAAAAGCACCGAGAAACCUAGCGUACAGAGAAACAACACUCUGGGAAUAAGCACAGCUAAGAAAAAGAAAAAAGUACUCAUGAGGGGUGAAAGUGGAGAGGCCACUGAUGAUGAAAUGGCAACUCGGAAGGCAAAAAGCUCUAAGGAAUAUCGUAAUAGAAGUGGUUCAGAUCCUCAAGAUCUUGAUGAACAAGAAGAACAAGAUCAGAAUAUUACUAUUAAUGCUUCUCCAUCUAACAACCUGCCAUCAAGAAGAGCUCACUCUCUAACAGCAUCUGGAUCUCCUAAUUUAGGAGCUACAACGUCUUCACCAGCAAGACCAGUGUCCUCUCCUGUAAUUUCUUCAAACAAGAGUCAAUCUAGUGCAUGGAGCAGCAGUAGCUGGCAUGGCCGUGUUAAAGGAGGAAUGAAGGGGUUUCAGAACUUCAUGGUGUCUGAUAGUAACAUGACUUUUGUGGAAUUUGUAGAGCUCUUCAAAUCUUUCAGUGUCCGUAGCCGCAAGGAUCUGAAAGACCUUUUCGAUGUCUAUGCUGUGCCUUGCAAUCGAUCUGGUUUAGAACCUGCUCCACUUUACACGAAUUUGAAGAUUGAUGAAAAUAGCAGUGGAUUCCAGCCUGAUUUAGAUUUAUUGACUAGGAAUGUUUCAGACCUUGGUUUGUUCAUUAAGAGCAGGCAGCAACUAUCAGACAACCAGAGGCAAAUAUCUGAUGCCAUUGCUGCUGCCAGUAUUGUAACCAAUGGUACUGGAGUUGAAAGCACAUCGCUAGGAAUAUUUGGAGUGGGAAUCCAGCAGCUGAACGACUUCCUAGUGAAUUGCCAAGGAGAACACUGCACCUAUGAUGAAAUCCUCAGUAUUAUCCAGAAAUUUGAACCCAGUGUGAAUAUGUGCCAGCAGGGGCUGCUAUCUUUUGAAGGAUUUGCAAGAUUUUUGAUGGAUAAAGAUAACUUUGCCUCUAAAAAUGAUGAGUCACAAGAGAAUGCUGAGGACUUGCACUUUCCGCUGUCGUAUUACUUCAUAGAAUCCUCACACAACACUUACCUUACUGGCCAUCAGCUUAAAGGGGAGUCCUCUGUAGAGCUCUACAGCCAGGUUCUUUUACAAGGCUGCAGAAGUGUAGAAUUAGACUGCUGGGAUGGCGAUGAUGGGAUGCCUAUCAUUUAUCAUGGGCACACUCUUACUACCAAGAUCUCUUUUAAGGAGGUAGUGGAAGCUAUUGAUCGCAAUGCAUUUAUCACCUCUGACAUGCCAAUUAUCAUAUCAAUAGAAAACCACUGUUCCUUGCCUCAGCAACGAAAGAUGGCUGAAAUUUUCAAGAAUGUAUUUGGAGAUAAGCUGGUAACAAAGUUUUUAUUUGAGAGUGACUUUUCUGAUGAUCCCAUGCUUCCAUCACCUGGCCAACUGAAAAGAAAAAUCCUACUGAAGAACAAGAAGCUGAAAGCUCAUCAAACACCAGUGGAUAUAUUGAAACAAAAGGCUCACCAGCUGGCACAUAUGCAAGCACAGGCUAGCAAUGGUGCUAGCAACCCCACACCAACCAAUGAAGAGGAAGAAGAUGAAGAGGAUGAAUACGACUAUGACUAUGAAUCUCUCUCUGAUGCUGAUGUCCUUAAUGCUUCUCCUGCUCCUAACAGCCAGGAAGAUAACAUUCUUGAAGACCGACCUGAGAAUAAAUUAUCAAGUGAUAAACUGCAGUUUGAAUAUAAUGAAGAGACUGCCAAACGAAUAAAGAAGGCUGAUUGUGCUACUUACAAUAAUAAAGGAAAGGUUUAUGACAUGGAGCUGGGAGAAGAAUUCUACCUUCCACAAAAUAAGAAGGAAAGCAGACAGAUAGCACCAGAGCUGUCAGAUCUUGUCAUUUACUGUCAAGCUGUAAAGUUCCCUG